AAAUGUGAUUAUGCAUUGUAUAUACUUUAUUCAAUCAGCGUUUUACAAAGAGAACCGCUUUUCUUUGCAAGACUAUCAGAGCAUUGGACGAUUUUAAAGAAUUUUAAAGAAGAGAACACGAAGAAAAAUGUCUGAUCCAUGCAACUGUCUAGCAACGGGAAAAUGUCUGUGUGUAGACUCCUGCCCAUCAAGUGGGUGUAAUUGUGGGAUCGGAUGUAAAUGUGGACCCAGCUGUAAAUGUCCCGGAUGUAAACUCAAAUGCAGCUGCAACGGAACCUGUGGUUGUGGAAAGGGCUGCAUCGGACCUCAGUCCUGUAAAUGUACUGACAGUAGCUGUGUCUGCAAAAAAUGACUGCCUGGCCACGUGACAGAAUUCCAUUGUAAAGAACAAAAUGAACGCAUAAUCUAUACUUUUAUUUUAAUAAAUUUUGCAAAUCCAAAA